AUAAAAGAAAAGUGUUGUGUAGAUGUGUAUGUGUGUGGUGUGUGUUUAGAUUCACCACCAGCAGUGCUACAACUGAUGGCAGCUUUUCUUGUUCUUUGAGGACUUUUGCUUUGUUUGUUUCUUAGAACCACACUUAGCAUUGUGUAAAUUUCAAGGAGUUUAUAUUCCCAUCUGCCCAACACUCAAACUUUUUUGAGCUUCAUUGCUAAAAAAGCCUUGCGACAAGCUUUCAUGUCCUGGACUCACUUCACACAAACAGAGAUAGGAGUUGCACGCUUGUGUCCUUUAGGCCUGACUGACAGCUGAAACCAUGGCAACAGUAAGGGAGGAGGAGAUGCUUGAGAGUCAACUGAGUAUAGAGGACUUCAUCAAGAUGCAGAGUCUGUUUCAGUCAUGUAGUGGCUCUAGUGAUGCAGUAACCAUGCAGCGGGAGGAAUUUAUAGACAAGUUCUACUCCAUGAUUGGCCGUGGCUCACGGGAGGAAUACGAGCGUUUAUUUGACAGUGUGGACGUGUCCAGGGAGGGCUGGGUGGACUGGAAUCACCUAGCAUCUUAUCUUCUUCUGGGACUUUCAGAGAAACAAGAGCAAGCUACAAUGUCUGCAGUGCCACGUUGGUGUCCGCCUCGCCUUAUGUCUGCCCCUCACAGAGGGCAAAUACAGAGUCUGGUAGACCUGGGCAGAGGCCGUUAUCUGAGUGUGAGUAAAGAGGGCAUGAUGGCUGUGUGGGCUGAGAAUCUAACACUGCUCAAGAGCCACAAAAUUGACAAUGAUUCAGUCAAACCCAAAGACCUCUGGGUUACGGGUAUGGUGGUGCUGCCCAACGUCCACAAGCUUGCUGUUUCUUUCACCAGUAAGGAGAUCUGCUUUUAUGAUCUGCUCUCUAAGAAAGAGUUCAGCUGUCAGUAUAAAAUUCAUAGUCUGCGUCACACUCCCAUCUGCAUCCAUUAUUGGUAUGAUCCUGAGAGACCUGAACACGCCGUGCUCAGCUUUGGAGAUGUUGCAGGACAGGUGAAUGCGAUGUGUUUUAGGUCAGCUGUGAUCUCUCUGUUCGAGAGGCCAAGUGCAGGUGUGGAACAAAAUGCUGCCAUCAGUAUCAGGUGGAGUGAGUUACAGCAGAACCGCCAUCGCUGCUGUUACACCGUCACACACAGUGCACAUGCAGCACACUGGGUCAGGAGCGUACGAUUCCUCGGCACCCUAGAAGCUUUUGUCUCCUGCAGUGCCUCUGCUCAAAACAGUAUGGUGCUGGCAUGGAGAGACACAGACGCCCGUCCUUUGCGAAUCACAACCUUUUACAUACAAAAAGGAAUUAUGGAUCUUGAUUAUCAUCCGGGACUUAAUCUCAUCGCUACUGCAGGUCUGAAUAACCAGGUUUGUCUGUGGAACCCUUACCUGGUCUCUAAACCUGUUGGCAUACUUCAAGGUCAUGUUACUAGCGUAGUGGCAGUUCAAUUCAUGCUAGGAAAAAAGCAGCUGAUUAGCUUCUCUAAAGACAAGGUCUUGAGAGUGUGGGAUGUGUCCACUCAUCUGUGUGUACAAUGUGUGGCAGGGCUUUUCCCUAAAGCCCAGGAAUGUAAAAUGCUUCUGUUCUUCCACGAGGAGAGAUCACGCCUCUUCCUUUCCUUUAACAGCACUCUGUUCUUUCUCGAAGCACAGAAAGAGGAUCGAAAGAGAGUGAUGAGUCACGAGAAUGCUGUCACCUGCGUUCUCUACAACUCUCUGUUUAGACAGGUUAUCAGCAGUGACGCAAACUCCAGUGUGAAGAUUUGGCUCAUGGACACUGGACAGAAGGUCAAGCACUUUUCCUGUUGCCAUGGCAAUGCUGAGAUCACUACCAUGGCCCUGGAUGCAACGCAGACAAGACUCUUCACUGCUGGCACGGAUGGAGCAGUAAAGGUGUGGGAUUUCAAUGGGCACUGUCAUCACAGACUGAACGCAUGCCGAGACCUGGCAGUGGACAUCUCACAGAUACUGGUGCUGAAAAGGACAGUGUUGGUGCUUGGCUGGGACAGGGUGAUCACUGUGUUCAGGAUGAACUCGUUCUCUCGCUUCUUCGUACAGCCUUCAGAGUGGAAAGGCGGCGUUCAGCAUCGUGAGCACAUUAAGUGUGCAGCAUUUCAAGCCCCUCAGACCUUAGUUACUGGCGGUAGUGAUGGUGAGAUAAUAGUCUGGAACAACAGCACUGAAAUUUCCAUACGCAAACUAUACAAAAACACACAACAACAAAACUGCUCAGAUAAACCUUUAACUAGUACUCCCAGCACUAAAGAAGCAAGUACAAAUUCCAGUGAAAAAGACUUAGAGAGUUAUGAUGUGACCAGACUGGCUUUUCUUGUAGGACGAAAAUCUUUUGCUGCAACAGGUGGAGCUGAUCUGGUGUCAUGUGGUGGAUCAGGGAUUGUUUGCUUCUGGAAUACAGUAAAUGCUCAAUUAGUUGGCAAGUUUACAGCACAUGACGGCUCAAACACCAUUAUAAUGACCAUAGAUGGCAGCGGUCGUUACCUGGUCACAGCAGAUAUGGGUGGAGUGCUAAAAGUGUGGGAUAUCCAGGAAUAUUGUCUCCAACCAUCUGAGAGUGUAAUCGAUCAGGCGCCAGAGUUGCUAUUGAGCCUCCAACCUCAUGUUGACCGCAUCACUCACUUGGAAACAUGUGUCCACAGUGGCCGUCUCUUUCUCCUCAGUGCAUCGGCUGAUUGCAGUCUGGCUCUCAGCUUCCUGCCUGGAGGUACUAUUGGGACAUUCGGACAGGACGUGCGCUGGAACCUAGCAGGAAUCAGUGAAGCAUUUGUGAAGAAAGAGCAGGAAGUGAGCACAGAGGUUACCAAAAUGAGUGGGACAGAAACAGCUCUGCAGGAAACACAGCCUGAACAGAGCUCCCAACAUGCUGAGAGAUCAGAGAGCAAUACACAAUCAGAGGAAGAGAAAGAAUACACACUACAUCUACAUACCCUUAAUGAUAACACCACAGGACAGAGAUCCAGAAGAAUCCACAAAGCUUUGAGGCAUCACAAUGAACGCACACAGCAUCAAAAUGUUAACAGAGCCUGCAGUACCUCUAUUAGAAUAUUCAGCAAACUAAGAGUGGAGGAACUGGCCUCAAUAGAAGAACUGAGCAAACCUGACUUCAUCAAAAAUCCUCAUUUAUAUUUUGGGAAGAUGUGGGAUUCAUCUAUUCCAACUCCUCCAUCUCUUCCUGUCAUUAGAGAAAAUUUAAAAGCACCAUUUGAUGAAAAGAGUUUGUUUCCGAAAGAACUGCUGGAGCAGGUGGACAAGCCCCGGUGUUACUCACAGAAAGUUGCCAUGAUUAGAAACUAUGGGAGAGCCAUCAGGAGUAUGGGGAAAGCCAAAGCCAGUACCUCUGGAGUCAACAAAACCAAAUGAACAUUUGUCCAGUAAAGAGUCUUACUGUGCAUUAUUAUUAUUACUACAAAUGAAAUCCUUUAAUUUACCUGGUAUUAUUGUAUUAUGCCUAAUUAUUUAUGAUUGUGAUGAUUAUGAUUUAAGUGAAGGUGUGUCCUUGAAGAGUGUUUUCUCAGUGUUUUCAAGUGUGUAUCAACUCUUAUAUCACUAAUUCCUGUGUAUUCAUGUGUUUCUGGGUUUGAAUUGACCAUGAGGUGCAGAUAGAGUAUCCUUUCAUAAAUAGUUAUGUAACCUGCAUAUUGUCCAUAAGCACAUACUGUUAUAUUAUAGUAGGGAAGAAUUAUUGGAGUCUUCUUUGAGAAAUUCAUGUUCAACUGUACACCUGUCAACACUGAAGUGAUCCUUCUUCAUACAAAUAAAUUAUUAUUCAUUAUUAGCUAUUUCUGUAGGAUUAUUUUGACAUCUUAAAUAGCUUACAAGGCUCACACUGUUGAAAUGUACUGAUCAGAAAAGAAGUACAAAUGAAUUUACAAACAAUUAGUUUGAACACUGGUUAUCAUCAACAAGUGCAGAAAAUGGAGUAUCAUGUAACAUAAGCAUAGGUCUCUUGGCAACUGAAGUGAAAAGCACAUCCUUCUAAAUCGGAUUCAGCCUGGCUUUUCACUUCAGUUGCCAAGAGACCUAUGCUUACAUUAUUGGAGCUGUAGGAAUAUUCAGCAAGUAAUGGUAUCAACAUGCAUGUGACAACAAUCUGUCAGAUUCUUAACAUGCCUGGGCUAUGUGGUAUUGUGGAGCUUCUUUCUUUCACAAAACAAUACAAAACAAAACAAAACAUAGUUGAUGAGACCUAGCUAGAACUUAGGGACAUAAUUAUAAAAGAUACAUUUGGUGCAAAAUCACUGGACUUGAAAGAUAGUCCAGAUAGAAGGAAUCAUUGGAAGACCAAAAAGGCACAAAACCUGCGGAACUGGCUUCCGAAGAAGUUCACUGUUUUGGAAUGGUCCAGUUAGAGCUCCUAGCACACGAUGAUUUAUAAAGAAAUAUUUGGAAAUUUGAUGUGUAUAUGUGAAAUUUUUGAGUCACUGGGAAUUAUUGACCCUGGGAGUAUGUAGCUAAAUGCAAAAAACCCACAGAAUUAUAACUAAAUACACAAAUCAUAAGCUGCAUAUAAGCAUUAGCAGUAUUUCUAUAUGACAAUAUUUAGUGAUUUAUUUGUGCAGACUGGUCCGUACGUUGCAGGGUUUUUGGGUUAAGCCUCUCCCUCCACUCCUCCAUUAACUCACUGAUGCUGACCCAAGUUUAUAGGCAAGCAUAUUCAUUACACUGUGAGACCUUGUGUGUGGAUGUCAUCUGUCAUUUGGUUUAACACCACAAAAACUGGCAAUUAAAAAAAAAAGUGUGUAGAUUUUUUUGUAUUUACUGUUUGUGGUUAUUCUGCCACCAGAAAGCUUAAAUAUUUAACCUAAAUGGUAAAAGUUUUGGUUUGGAUAUACCAAAUAAAAUGUCAUAACAUAUGAAAUCAUUUAUCAGAAGAUGCGAUCAAUCUCGUAUGGACUGGAAUAAAAAAGCGUGUAAUUGUUGAUCUGAUGGACUUUUCGGUGAGGAGAUGUUAUAUGUAUUACCUAAAGAACUGCUGGUGCAGGUCGACAAGCCCCGGCUUUAUUCACAGAAUGUUACCAUGAUUAGGUAUAUAUACUUAUAUCAUUUUGGAAGGAGUCUCCAUUGGCAAUCAGAAGUAAAAAUUGCUUAAUGCCCCAAGCAAGGAAAUCAUGGAAUGCUUUGCUGUAUCUCAGUUGUUCAGUUCAAAUCAAUUAGAUUCAAAUUUAUUUGUAGAGCAAAUUUAACAACAGACAUUGUCUCAAAGCAGCUUUACAGAACAUAAGAAACAUAAUACAAAUAUUUUAGAUUAUACAAAGAUCAAUAUAAAACAAAAAUUCAAGAUUAAUAUUAGACUUGCUGUAUAUAUAAAUGAGUUUGUAUUUAUCCACAGUGUUCAAGCCUGAGAUGACUGAGGCGAGGAAGAACCCUUGAGAGGAACCAGAUUCAAAAGGGAAACUUAUCCUCAUUUGGGUGACACUGGAGGGUGUAAUUAUAAAUAUACAGUCCAGCAAUUGUGUGCUAAUUGAAAGGUUAUUGUCCUCAUAGACCACAUGUAGUUUUUAUCUCCUCUUAGAAUGUCUGAAUACUUGAUGAAGCAGAAUCCAACUUGAGCUGGUAAAUCUCUAUAUGCCUCAGGACCCUCACAUGGUUGGCCUCAUCUCAGUGAAGGUCCAAAAUCUUCAU